AUGCAGCUAUUUACCCUGCACCGCUUCAACUACCUUUUGGCCGGUGUCCUAUUGGCCCCGUCUGCUCUACAACUCUGUCUCGCAGCACCACAGCCACUUGGGAACGACCCCCAAGGCGUAACGCUUGCCCUCCGUAAGGACAGUAAUCCCUUGAAAACGUUCAAAGCCAACGUGGACAACGCCCCUGUCAAGGCCAGCCAGGACAGGACUGCAUUCGCGGACUUUUCCAACGCGGGCCAACAAACUGGUAGUUCUCGUGGUUUUAAUCAGUGUGUUGGCGUGAUUAUUUCCACCCACGACGCCGCGCUGUUUGGCCAUUACACCUGUGGUGAUCAGGGGCAGCAGCGGGCUAGGCAGGAUCUUCAGCAGUACUGGAACCAGCACAAAGACGACAAACUUAAGAACCCUGACGUGAUGAUCUACGCCAAAGUAGUUGUUAACGACGCCACCGGCGAGGUCAUGGAGAACUCUUUUGAGAGUGCCUCAACGCAAGUCUUCAUCAAUCUGGCCAGGCAAAUCACCGGGAAAACCCCUGCUAUCGAAAAGUACUUUGAUCUUGAUGCCUACGUCACGAUGCCCAAACCGGGAGAAAGUGGGCGAGGUGAGAGACCUGGCUUCGACCAGGAUACUGCACUCGCAUACUCUGACUACGCUGGUUUCUGGGUGUCCAAGAACGGUCCCAGAUUCAUGACUGUACGGAUGCAGAAGGAGGCUGCACAGAAAUAA